UAACAACCGACUAUGGGACAAUUCGCGGCAGCACGCCCACCGACGCAGUGCUUCUCGGCGCGGUUCCAGCACCGCCACAGCGGAAAAGCAGGUUGGCGCCCUUGAGAUCGUCCACUCUCGACAUGACCAAACACCACGAGGAGCUGCAUGUACCGGUGUUGCAGCUGAUACCGCCUGA